GAGAGAGAGAGGAACAGAGUUGUUCCCUAAAUCACUCAAAAUCGACCAAGACAGAGAUUUUAUCUCUCGAUCAAGAUCGAAUAUUCGUUCUCAGCUCUCAGUCACUACAAAAUCUGAUUCAACGAUUCUGUUAUCGUAUAGAGAAAUGAGUUGCAUCUCUGGGUUGGGGGAAGAUGAAGUUAAUUCCUUUUUCGAGUCGUCUCCACCUCUCAAGAACAUGGAAGAGAUUGUCCAGAAGCUCAAUGCUUUCAUCCACCUCAAUUCCUCAGCAGGAGGGAGGAGGAGGAGGAGGAUCGUAUGCGUAACCUCAGGGGGAACUACGGUUCCCUUGGAGCAGCGAUGCGUAAGAUAUAUUGAUAACUUCAGCUCUGGCAAUCGAGGUGCUGCUUCUACUGAGAACUUCGUCAAGGCUGGAUAUGCUGUCAUUUUUCUCUUUAGGAGGGGAACUUGCCAGCCAUAUUCCCGGUCUCUUCCCGAUGAUCCAUUCCUUGACUGUUUCCAGUUUCCAGAUAACACCAACAUUCAAGUUAAUGCAUCACAUGUGGAAGCUGUGAAAAUGGCUGUUAUGGACCAACAAGCUGCAGUAGCUGAAUCUCGCUUACUAAAGCUUCCAUUCACAACCAUCUAUGAGUAUCUUCAGAUGUUGCGGCUGAUUGCAACGGCGCUGAAAGACGUCGGUCCAUGUUCCAUGUUUUAUCUUGCUGCGGCUGUAUCUGACUUUUAUGUGCCGUGGAAGAGCAUGACAGAACACAAAAUAGAAUCAGGAUCUGGUCCUCUGGACAUAAGACUAGCUCAAGUCCCUAAAAUGCUUUCAUUCUUGAGAACAUAUUGGGCUCCAAAGGCUUUCUGCAUAUCAUUUAAGCUAGAGACAGACUCAAAGAUUCUGAUAGAGAAGGCUACAAAGGCUCUACGGAAGUACAAAGUGCAUGCGGUUGUAGCCAAUGAGUUAUCAACGCGCAAGGAAGAGGUUGUGGUUGUUUCAAGCAGCGGUAACGUUGUGGUUAGGUGCGAUAGCGAGAAGCCUGAAUCUAUUGUAGAGGAUAAUCUUAUUCGUCUCAUUGUUGAUCGGCAUUCGACUUACAUCAAAGAAUUUAGCACUUGAAAUAUUUCUCAAAUGAUUCUAUGUCAAGAAUAGGACAGCUGCAAUGAAAUCUUAAUGCAUACACUCUUGAAUGUAUCGAUGUUCUUUAGAACACUUCUUGUUGCCUCUACUUUGAUCGUUGCUCUUUCAGUUUCUUUCUUUGGUAA